GGUCUACCCAAUAUCAAAGCCAAACUCCCUUCGCGAAACUGGAUGAUCUUCCUUUCCAUCACAGGAUCCUUCGCUGCAGCAGUUUACUACGACAAACGUGAGACUGCUCGAUUCCAACAAAAAUACUGCGAUAUGGUCGCUCCGCUCUCGGAAAAGAUACUGCCGACAACGACCAUGCCCAGGAAAAUGACCAUCUACCUACAAGCACCACCAGCAGACGGCCUGAGAAGCGCGAGAGAACACUUUUACGAGUACGUGAAGCCAGUCUUGGUCGCAGGAGCUAUGGAUUGGGAUGUCGUUGAGGGCAGAAGAGAGGGUGACUUGCGCUUUGGAGCGGCAGAGAAGAUCAGAAGAUACAGGCGGAAGGCUGAAGGCGUCCAAGACGAUGCUGAGCCUACAAAAGAGCAGGUCGUCGCUGAGCAGAGAGAAAGAGUCGGUUGCGUGGAUGAAGCGGGAGUAAAAGGAGAUCUGGUCAUCGGUAGACAUGCGUGGAAGGAGUAUUUGCGUGGCACACACGAGGGCUGGUUGGGUCCAUUGAAAGAGCCUGUACAAGUUGAAGAAGUCCAAGAGGCCAAGCAGCACAUUGACGGCGCACCUUCGUUAGGUGAUGCCGCUGUCAAGGCAGCCACCGACUUGACCAUGAAAGACACGCCUCCCACGGCUUCUUCAGGCUCAUCCACAACCACCGACUCGACCUCCAUUGUCUUCGACUCCAAUGCCAACGACUCUGAAAACACAACUCCUGAGUCCCUCCCCGAACCACCAAAAGAACAAGAACCCGCAAAACCAAAACUCACAAAACCCGACCCCUACAUUUCCACCUCUGCCUACACUAAUGCCCUUUUGCCCGCAUCAACACCCACUACUCUUGGUCCAGCAAUCGCUAUCCCCUUCCCUCACCUUCUGGGCUUCUGGAACUUCCCCAUUCGCAUCUACCGUUUCCUCACCCGUCGCUAUGUCGCCGAAGAGAUCUUCUCUCGCACUGCAGCCGCUGUCCUUGCAUCACAUCGCGAGUUCCAAGCUUCGGAUGUCGACUACCUGUCGCACGAAGAGAAGGAAUGGCACAAGAGCAUCAGAAAGCCCAAGGCCGAUCCCGAAUCAGAAGAGAGCGCUGUGCAACAGGAGAAGAAGGAAAGAUUAUGGUUGGAUGAUGUGGUUGUCGAUGACAGAAUUACUUCGAGGCUGCGUGUCUUUGAAUUGCCUGCUGAUGGCCAAUUGCCCGCGUCCAACCUGGAAACAAACACCACUCAACAGCCCAGUUGGACUUAUCAGGGCAGCGCAUCUGCUAACAAGGAGUAG